GCGCCCGACCCCUCCGCCGCCCUCCCCCUGCCCAGAUCCGGCCCCCUCCUGUCCAGAUCGCCGGUCGCCUCCCCCUUCCUCAGCCGUAGGAAGGGCGGCCCCAGAGGAGGGCGGGCAAGAUGAUCGGCGUGGGGAAGGCGAAGCAGUACGCUAACGUGCUCGACAAGCCCCUCAGCCGGGGCAGGCAGGAGGUCAGUUUGAGUGCAUUUGCAUUCUUGUUCUCGGAGGUUGUUCAGUACAAUCAGACACAAGUUGACAACAUUGCUGAGCUGGAACGAAGGCUGGAGGACGCUGGGUAUGCUGUUGGUGCACGAGUUCUUGAACUGCUGUGUCACCGAGAGAAGGGGAAUAGACGCGAGACUCGACUGCUGGGGAUUUUAUCAUUUAUUCACAGUACUGUAUGGAAAGUAUUGUUUGGAAAGGUGGCUGACUCACUUGAGAAAGGAACAGAGCAUGAAGAUGAAUACAUGAUUAGUGAAAAGGAGCUGCUUGUUAACCGAUUCAUUUCCGUGCCAAAAGACAUGGGGGCAUUCAACUGUGGAGCAUUUGUUGCAGGGAUUGUAAGGGGGGUAUUGGAUAAUGCUGGCUUUCCUGCGGUAGUUACGGCGCAUUUUGUGCCAAUUGAAGGCCAGCAGAGGCCCAGGACAACAAUCUUGAUUAAAUUUGCUGAAGAGGUUUUACACCGGGAAGCAAGACUUGGCUAAAAUUUAUGCUAUAUAUGUACACAACACUUUUUUUCUGUUCUGUUUGUAAGAUGAAUCUACUCGAAAUGUGUUCUGU